AUGAAAGGCGGAUUGACCCGACGCAAAGUGAGUAGAGUAGUCGACCACCGAGCGAAUCUCUCGGCGCCAAAAGCUGGUUCAACGGAGCGAGAGGGUCCAAGCGCUCACCUCCUGCCUCUCGUCGUCAUCAGUCAACGCAUUUUCGCGCCAACCGACACCUACCUUCCAUAUCCGGGUUGAUCGAAGAAGGCUCUACUCCUGCUGCUGCUGUUAAUUCGUCGCUGGGUGGUUCGUCGGAUACUAUGGGUGAUGCGAGGGUGAGUUGCUGCUCAGGUGGAGGGACGCGUCGGAGGGACGAGCUGACUUUUGCUUACUCGGGGGCGUGGUGGUUAUGGUCCAUUCAGACGGCAUUGCAUAUGAACGCAUCAGGUGCUGUUGGAUCUCAACUAUCCGUUCCCAACUUACCAUCAGCGGGUACGUCCCCGCCCUAGACGGACCAAACCCCUCCCCCCACUCAUCCCCCUCACCGGCCGGACUUACUCAUCCUCCGACUCUCGCUCACAGGUUCUGCUCUAGGUGUAGCAUUGGAGAACCUACGUAGUACGGUUGAGAAGCGCAUAGCAACGUUGCAAUACCUCAAGCGAGCGCAUGGGGGUAAACUGUAUUGGUUCAAUGUCAGUUCUACGGGGAAUCGACGAACAAUCGAUGGGGCUGCAGCUGAUGAUGGUUCAAGUAUUUGACAGACGGUCUUACUUACUCCGGAGUUGGUCAAGGCCCAAUUCGAACAUGGGAGGAUGAGAGCACGGUACGUCCUUCGCCCUGCGCGAUGGAUGUUCUCGUCGCUGAAACGGUCGCUCUUCCCCACCGUGAUCCCAGAACGACCCGUUUCGCCGUGUUAGGCAUGUCCCUCUCCGCGAUCCUCGACAUCGCCCCAGCCCAAGACUUUCUCAAAAGCUUGCUCUCCCUCGUCCAAGAAUUUGAUAAUGUACCCGACGAUCGGUUCGACAGGAAUCGAAAUGUGAGUCGAGGUCCAGGACUAGAUGAGCCCGUGGCCCGGAAUUUGACGUCUUCAAUGGUCUUGCCUCGUUCAUAGCCCAAGACGUUGUUUCGGGGUACAACGAGGAGUAGGAAAGGUGUUUCGUUGGCCGGGUCGGAUUUCAUAGGAUUGCAGGAAGGGAGCGACGCUUCAAAUCUCUUUGUUCCCAAUAUCGUACGUCCUUGACCUCUCCGAAAAUACCUAUCCCUAUUCAUACUGACACGAUCGACUUUCCCGAACGCCAUCUCCUAGCCUUUCGAACUCGACUACAAUCAAGUCUUCAUCACGACCUGCGAUCUCCUCGUUGAGAUCUACCAAAAAAUACUCGGGCUGCUCGGUCCUUCAUCGUCGGCAAAUGCGACACAAGCGACUGCUUCCUCGGGAGCUUCGACGACAAGCACCUCGAUGUCGAGUCGAAUAAUCUCGUCUGGGAGUGAGAGGUCUUCUGCUUCGCCUGGGUCGGGCUUGAGUCCUGCGUUGGCGGAUGUGGUCGUCAAGACUGAUGCGAGGUUGAAGGUGAGUGGGUCCACAAGUGAAACUGAGGAUGACCGACCUUUUUUUCCUGCAAUACUGAUCCCUUUAUGACAUUGGCCCAGAAAAUUAUCGUCAUGGUCUCGAAGGAAUUCGACACGUGCGCCCGAGCGGCGAUCAAGAACGAGUUGAACGCGUUGAGCGGAGGAGGGGACUGGGCUCAGUGGGGCGGAGAUGAGGGGGCUUGA